CAGAAGUCCUGAAAACGAUCGCGAAAAGCACUCUUCGUCGCCACAAACGCGCUGCUGCCCUAUCCUUAUCCGAAGAAGCCAUGCCCUCCUGUAUGCGGUGCCGUGAGAACUCCCUGACUUGUCGAGCUCCGCCGGGUGCUAAACGCUGCGGCGAGUGUACCCGCGUUGGAAAUAUGCAGUGCGGCCUGGACGGUCCUGACCCGCGCGCACUUCAGCGCGAGCGCGCUCAAAUUGAGGCCGUGGAGGAUGAGGCCAUUGCUUUGGACGAGGAAGCUGCUGCUCUGCAUGCUGCUGCCGCUGCUGAGUUCGCGGCCGCUGCCACUGCCGCUGCCGCGAAAAGCGCCGCCGCUGUCGAGAAGAGCCAGACUGCGGCUGCCCAUCGGCGACGUGCACAGCGCCAACGCGCGGCGUUCCAAGCCAAGGUGACGAAAAUCCUGACUCACGAGGACUCCGCCAUUGACUGGGCCUCGAUGAAGGCCGACUUCGCCUCCUUCUUGGAGUCGUCUGCAGCACUGCCCGCACCUUCUGUAGCUAGCUGA